AUGUUAAAAUUACCAAAAGAUAUUGAUGGUGCAAGAGCAAAUCACAAACUUUACAGAAGUAUAAUUGGUAGUUUGGUCUCUUUACCUGCCAGUCGACUUGACAUAGCUUAUGCUGUUGGGAUAUGUGCUCGUUAUCAGGCUGGCCCUCGAACAUCACAUUUAGAAGCUGUUAAACGAAUCCUCAAAUAUGUUCAUGGGAAAAGUGAUUUUGGAAUUCUGUAUUCCUAUGACACGACAUCUAUUUUGGUUGGAUAUUGUGAUGCUGAUUGGGCAGGUUCCUCUGAUGAUAAGAAAAGCACAUCUGGAGAUGAUCUGGAUGAUGUACCUUUGGCUUGUUUGUUGAAGAAGACCAUUUUCCCUGAGGUUACUGGUGAAAUGCCUGCGGCUCCUUCCAUGUCUGUUCAUUCUCAGGAAAGCUCGUCGAUUGAAGAAGUGUUUGUUCCUACUCCUUGUAUUCCUCUAGCUUCUAAUGUUCAACCUGGACUGUUAGUUCAUUUCCCUUCUUCUGCGUCACUUCCCUUUGAAUCGAAUGUUGCCUAUGCAUCUGUUCCUGAUAAUGUUCCUGGUGAUGUUUCUGCUGCACCUGAAGGAAGCACUGAUGUUCGAAGUGAUGAGAAUGAGGUGGACCCUCCAAAUCCUGACAUGUGCUUUGAAGAUGUUCCUACCCAUGCUGAUGAUAAUCCUGCUGUUCCAUCUGGUUCUCCUGAAAUCCCCGUUGCACCAAAGCCAGAAAAUGUUCAGCAUUGGAAGUUCGUGGUUCAGCAGAGGAUAGCAGAUGAGCUUAUCAAGGAGUUUAUAGUCAAUUUGCCUGAUGAAUUCAAUGAUCCAAGUAGCCCGAAUUAUCAGACGGUUCAUAUUAGAGGUUUCAAAUUUGUAAUUUCUCCUGCUGUGAUUAAUGGUUUUCUAGGAAAUGUUGUUGAUAUUGAUUGUUCUUCAUCGUCUCCUUCCACUGAUGUUCUAGCUUCUGUAUUAUCUGGUGGGACUCUGUCUGCAUGGCAUGUCAAUGGAAUUCCUGCAGUCUCUCUUAGCAUCAAAUAUGCCAUCUUGCAUAAGAUUGGUAUUGCUAAUUGGUUCCCAUCCUCCCAUUCCUCCAGUGUAUCUGCUGCCUUAGGAACUUUUUUGUAUCAAAUCUGUAAUGACAAUAAGGUGGAUACAGAUGCUUUUAUGUAUAAUCAGCUGUUAAGGCAUGUUGGUUCGUUUGGGAUCAAGAUUCCAAUCGCUCUUCCGCGAUUUUUCUCCAGUCUGCUACUUCACUUGAAUGGUGCUAUGACAAUUGCAUCUGAUUCUCCUGGACCUGAUCCCGAAACAUUAUCACUUAGUUAUAGACGCCUUUAG